CUGGUCAGGCUGGUGUCACAUGGUUGAUGUUUGCAGUCACUUCAGAGAGCUGGGCAAACGUCUGUUACACACAGUUACGAUGAAAGUGUUUCAGGCUUCAUUUGUGAAAUACUGAAAACUACAGAGGGACACUAAAUCGUAAAGGGGCAGUGACACUAUGGAAAUACCAGCCAUAAAUCUCAAGGCCAUCGUGUUGGUUCACUGGUUACUGACAGUCUGGGCAUGUUUGAUCACCUGGCUUCCUACUUCUUAUGUGUUGGGGAACAUGAGUGCUCUUGCAGUGGGAGUGUGGGCCAUUGCACAGAGAGACUCCAUAGACGCUGUAUUAAUGUUCUUGAUUGGGUUGGCAGUGACCAUCCUGACUGACAUUGUACAUUUUGGGCUGUACUACGCAGCGGGUGAAAUCCAGUAUAAAAGCGUGGCACUGGACUUGUUCCGCUUUAGUGGGGGCAUGGCCAUCCUGAGCCUGCUGCUCAAACCUGUUUCCUGCUUCUUUGUUUACCAGAUGUACCGUGAGAGGGGUGGCGAAUACAACGUCAACUUCGAAAAUAACUCGGGCUGGCACCGCUCAGCAAAACGGGAAAACCAGAUCCAGGUAGAGGUCGGCAGCGGGUAG